AUCACUUGCUCCGCUCUCGUUCUCUCUGGUUUAUUCUGUUUUCCUUUUCUCACCGCUGUUUCUAGGUUCUUUCCUAUUGCUGAAUUCGCAUUUGGCACAUGCCCACCUUCUCUUUCAGCACUGCAUCACACGGGUUUAGAAGCUAUAAGAUGUUCUCACUUCUCACUCUUCUUCCAUCCUUGACUGUUCCCAGUAGAUCUUCUUCUUCUUCUUCGCAUACCGAUACUUGUUGAACUCCACAUAGAAAUCUAAGGAUCACCAUUUUUUUUUGUUGGUGUCUCCCGCCUUGCUCAAUUCACCUUCUUCUUCAUCUUCCUGUUUUUUUCAUUUUUUGUCUAGUGGAAGCAUGAAACUGUGAGAUUUUGAUGCUCUUCAUCUCCAUCGCCCUUUCUGAUAAUCGUCAUCGUUAUCAUCAUCAUCAUCUUCUUCUUAUUCUUUGUCUUGAAAAUACUCGAGAGAAGAUCGAUAGACUUGUAGGGGCUAAUGGGGUUCGAGCUUAAGGACUGGUUGUCGAGGGAGAGCUACAGAGGGACGCCGGUGGUGGUGAAGAUGGAGAACCCCAACUGGUCGAUGCUCGAGCUGGAGAGUCCAGGGGACCCUCUUCUGGACAAGGGCAGGGGCAAGAACGCGAAGCAGCUCACUUGGGUUCUCCUCCUCAAGGCCCACCGUGCCGCUGGCUGCCUCACCUCCAUCGCCUCUGCAACUUGGGGCCUCGGCUCCACCAUCCGACGACGAAUCUCUGCCGCCUCCUCGCCGGACGACACUGUCUCCGCCUCUGGGAAGAAGAGGAGAAACAGGUUCUACUCCUGCAUCAAGGCGUCCCUUUUCCUGGCCCUCCUGAUGCUCGUAUUCGAGGUUGCAGCUUACCUCAAAGGGUGGCAUUUCGGUGCCUCUCAUCUCCACUUUCCCUCUUCCUUUGGAUUGCAGAGCCUCCUCCAUUCUGUCUAUUCCUCGUGGGUGUUAUUCAGAGUGGAGUACAUUGCCCCCCUCCUUCAGCUUCUCGCGGACGUCUGCAUCAUAUUGUUCCUAAUUCAAUCAUUGGAUCGGUUAAUCCUCUGUCUAGGUUGUUUCUGGAUCAGAUUCAAGAAGAUCAAGCCCGUUCCCAAGGUGGAAAUUGGGCUGAAUACCGAUCUUGAAGGUGGAAACAACGCGGAUUUUCCGAUGGUUCUCGUUCAGAUUCCCAUGUGCAAUGAGAAAGAGGUUUAUCAGCAGUCAAUAGCUGCUGUUUGUAAUGUGGAUUGGCCGAAAGAGCGGAUCCUUGUCCAAAUUCUGGAUGACUCAGAUGACCCUACAACUCAGUUGCUUAUUAGAGAGGAGGUAGAGAAAUGGAAACAGAAUGGUGCCAACAUUGUCUACAGGCACCGUGUUCUCAGAGAAGGAUACAAGGCUGGAAAUCUUAAAUCUGCCAUGAGUUGUAGCUAUGUGGAGGAUUACGAAUUCGUUGCCAUAUUUGAUGCUGAUUUCCAACCAUUUCCAGAUUUUUUGAAAAGAACAAUUCCCCAUUUCAAGGACAACUUGGACGUCGGUUUGGUUCAAGCAAGGUGGUCAUUUGUGAACAAGGAUGAGAAUCUGCUAACCAGAUUACAGAACGUUAACCUUGCAUUCCAUUUUGAAGUUGAGCAGCAGGUGAAUGGUAUAUUCUUGAAUUUCUUUGGAUUCAAUGGCACUGCUGGUGUUUGGAGAAGGAAGGCUUUGGAAGAAUCUGGUGGAUGGCUCGAGAGAACAACUGUAGAAGACAUGGAUAUUGCAGUCCGUGCUCACCUCCAGGGAUGGAAAUUCAUCUACCUCAAUGAUGUAGAGUGCCAAUGCGAACUUCCAGAAUCAUACGAAGCAUAUAGGAAACAACAACACCGUUGGCAUUCUGGCCCAAUGCAGCUAUUCCGGCUUUGCCUACCUGAUAUAAUUCGUUCCAAGAUUGGAGUUUGGAAGAAAGCCAACCUCAUCUUCCUAUUUUUUCUAUUGAGAAAACUCAUACUUCCCUUCUAUUCCUUCACUCUUUUCUGUAUCAUUCUUCCAAUGACAAUGUUUGUUCCUGAAGCUGAGCUGCCAGCCUGGGUUGUAUGCUAUAUACCUGCCACCAUGUCCAUCCUCAACAUACUCCCGGCACCAAAGUCCUUUCCUUUUCUUGUCCCUUACCUUCUAUUUGAGAACACCAUGUCCGUAACCAAGUUCAAUGCCAUGAUUUCAGGCCUCUUCCAGUUGGGAAGUGCCUAUGAGUGGGUUGUUACCAAGAAACUAGGCAGAUCGUCUGAGGGAGAUCUCGUUGGUUUGUUGGAAAAGGAACCAAAGCAUAAACGUGGUUUUUCAGAGCCAAAUCUUGAUUCUCUGAUAAGGGAUCAAGCAACCAAGAAGCCAAAGAAGAAACGAAACAUGAUAUAUCGGAAAGAACUAGCACUUGCCCUUUUGCUGUUAACAGCUGCUGCAAGGAGCUUGCUUUCUGCUCAGGGGAUUCACUUUUACUUUCUACUAUUCCAAGGAGUAUCUUUCCUAGUGGUUGGCUUAGACCUGAUCGGGGAACAGGUUGAUUGAUUGCAGCAGAAUCUGAAUCAAUAAAGGGAGAGAGGCUGUGAAAUUGUUGACCAAACCUCAGUAACUGAACCAUCCGGAGAGAGCGGAGCAGAGGGACUUUAUAGGAGGCUGUUGCCUUCGGUUGGGAUCUUGUCUGCAUUAAGGUGAAUAUGCUGCUGCUCUUGUUAUGAAGGUUCAAUUUGAUUCAUUGGGGUGAUGGGCAAGUCCAUCGACCUAAGAAAAUUCCGUUGGUUGAAAUUAGUUGCGAGAUUGCAAUUGAUGAGAACCGCUAGAGAUGGUAAUACAGAGAAAGGGCCCUGUCAACUGCCGUCGCCACAGCCAUGAAUUCUUAAGUUGUUGGUACAUCAAUCGGUAUUCUUAUAUUAUUCUUUCCCUGCAAUGAUCACGCAGUAUUCUUUGUCUUCAUAAGUUGUCACCUCCAUGUAAUAUUCAUAAUAAUCAGCAAGGGCUUCUUUUGGGACUGAUAUUCGUCUGCUUAUGGUUUAGAUUUUAUUGCUUCACCGAGGCAGCAGGUGUUUUAUGAUGUAUUGCUAUCUAGGAGAAGCUAUUGUCUUGUGUUAUCAGAAAGGAAGGCUAGAAAAUAUAUUGACUGUAAAUGAGAAGAUUGUUUACGAAAGAAACCUGGCAAAAGUUUUGCACGCUA